UGUGCGCAUGCGUAGUAAGGCUGUGACAGAGCUUGUUGACCAUAAAGAAAUAGAUAGACACUUCGGCUAAGUCUGUUUAUAAACACAGUUUGUAAUAAUUAUGAAGUCUUGUUUCGUGUACAGCACCGGAGUGCUCUCGGUUCUUAUUAUAAUAGCAGGAAUCGCGAUGGUUUUGGCUCAUGUUUUCCAAAACCUUUUGUACAACAAGAUAAAGAAGGAAGUGGUGCUAGAAAAUGGUACCGAUGCCUUUGCUGUGUGGAAGGAUCCACCUCCGCCUGUCUACAUGCAGUUUUACUUCUUCAAUCUGACAAAUCCUAAGGAAGUGCUGUCAGGAGACAAGCCUGCUGUGAUUGAGCUUGGCCCAUACACGUACAGAGAGUAUCGGCCUAUGGAGGAAGUAAAUUUUAUGGACAAUGGCACUAAAGUAGCUGCUGUUAACCCAAAAACAUACAUUUUUGAACCCAACAUGUCACGAGGAUCUGAAGAUGACAUAAUCAGGACCGCCAACAUCCCUGCAAUGACAAUAAUGAGAAAGUUUCAAAGUUCCUUCUUUCAGCGUAUAAUCUCUGAUUUGAUGAUAAGUAACAAUGAGGGUCUUUUUGGGACGUGGAAAGUGCGAGAGCUGCUUUGGGGAUAUGAGGACCUGGUACUCAAGGAGUUUCAGAAACUCCACCAUGAACUGGACCCAAACUUUGGCCUAUUUUACAAGAUGAACGGCACAGACGAUGGAGAGUAUGUUUUUUACACCGGCAAACAGAACUAUCAGGACUUUGCCCGAGUGGAUCUAUGGAGAGGCCAGAGUAUGCUUGACUGGUGGAGCACAGAUCAGUGUAACAUGAUCAAUGGAACAAAUGGAGCAACCUUUCAUCCCAUCAUCAACAAGACAGAGAAGCUUUACAUGUUUUCGUCAGAUCUCUGCAGGUCAAUCUAUGCUAUAUUUGAGUCAGAGCUGAGUGUCAGGGGAGUUCCUGCUUACCGUUUCGUCCCUCCCAGCUACGUUUUUGCAAAUGCAACCAUUAAUCCGGAUAAUGCUGGAUUUUGUGUGGGAGGAAAUUGCCUCAGCUCGGGUCUGCUGAAUGUCAGUGUCUGCAAACAAGGUGCUCCAAUCAUCAUGUCCUCUCCUCAUUUCUAUCAGGCUGAUAAGAAGUUUAGUGAUGAUGUAUUCGGGAUGCGACCCACGAAGGAGGAGCAUCAGACGGCCAUCGACAUCAACCCGCUCACUGGACUCGUGGUGCAAGCAGCAAAACGUCUUCAGGUGAACGUCUUCAUUGAGAAGCUUCCAGCAUUCAGACAAACUGGUGAUGUCAGAACAUUGGUCUAUCCAGUGAUGUACAUUAAUGAGAGUGUACUAGUCGAUGAGGAUUCAGCUAAAAAGCUUCAAAGUGUGGUUACCCAGGCCAACGUUGUGAUUAACGUACCCUUCAUCAUUAUUGGUGUUGGCAUCUUAUUAGGCAUUGUCUUCAUCAUCCUCAUGUGUCGUCAAGAGCGGGGCACUCCUGAAGAAUCCCAGCCUUUGCUGAGCUCGUAACACAACAGGAAGUCAAAGUUUCCGUAAAUGUCUGUGCAGUCAUAAACUGAAACCCUUCAAUAAUGCCAGCAAACGCAGUAUUUUCACAUCUAUUUGUCAAACUAGAAGGACUGACAUUUUACUUUUACUUUUCAAAACAGAAUAACAAACACCUACUGUAAUCCUAGUCAAAAUAGAUUUAUUGUGUGAUUUUUAGAUUGGAUAUAUUUGCAUGCCGUGCCAUAAUAGUCAUUGCUUAUCAUAAACUCUGAUACGUCUUACAUUUCCAGGAUAGUACUAGCUUUCAUUCAUUGAUUACUUGCAGAAAUGUUAAUAAUUGUGUUUUCUGAAUAUUGUGCAUUUAUGAGUCAAGGGAUUUCCGAUAGCAAAUUGUAAGCUACAAAUUCCUCAAUUUAUAUUUACAUUUGGCAGAUGCUCUUAUCCAGAGCGAUGUUUACCAGGUUUCAGACUUAAGCUAACAAGAGACUAAACAUUGUUCAAUUUUUUUUUUUAAUAAUUUUUUCAUUUUUUUGUGUUUUGUUUGUUUAUUGUUUUAAAUACACACACAUACAAAAACCAUGGAAGAAAGUGAUAGUUCAAGUAUUUCAUGAAGAGGUAGGUCUCCGACUAUCAUUUGAAGAUACCCAGUGACACAGCUGUCUGGACCCCUAGUGGAAGUUCAUACCCUGAGAGAUGCUGGGACUAGACAAGCAGUGCUGGUAGCACUGAGGGUGUGAGGUGCAGUGCGAGGAGUGAUGAGGGCUUUGAGGUAAGACAGUGCUGGUCUGUUUUUGCCUUUGUAGGCAAGAAUAAGUGUUUUGGAUCUGAUGCAUGCAGCUGUCGAAAGCCAGUGUAGAUAGCGCAGCAGUGGGGGGGGGGAUACGAGAGCUUAGACAGGUUGAAUACAAGUUCUGCAGCUACAUUUUGGAUUAUUUGCAGAGGAUUAAUUGCAUUCAUAGGAAGACCUGCCAGCAGUUAUUUCUAGUAGACCAGUCUUGUGAUGACAAGAGACUGAAAAAGUACCUGAGCAGCCUGUUUGAACAAAAAUGGCCAAAUCCUUAUAAUGUUGUAGAGAAGGAACUGAGUGAGUGUGUCAUAUUAGCAACAUGUGAGGAAAAGUAUAGUUUAGUGGGUUACAAGCUGUGACUGAAGGACAUUCAGUCAGAUCGUUAUGCAGGGAUAUUGCAAGAUCAUGACCUAGAGAUGAAUCACAUGGAAUGACCAGCAGUUCAGUUUUGCUAGGGUUGAGCUUCAACUGAUGAGCCGUCAUCCAUGAUGAUAUGUCUGCCAGACAUGGUAAAGGGCCUGUGGUAGCCUAGUGGUUAAGGUGUUGGGCCACCAAUCAGAAGGUUGUGAGUUCGAUCCCAGGCCCACCUAGCUGCCAUUGCUGGGCCCCUUAAGCUUAAGGCCCUUAACUCUCAAUUGCUCAGCUGUGUAAAAAUGAGAUAAUGUAAGUCACUCUGGACAAGGGCAUCUGCCAAAUGCUGUAAAUGUAAAUGUAAAUGGUUUGAUCUGAACAGAAGCUGUGGUAUCUGAGGGCAGGAAGGAGAAAAUAAGUUUAUCAUCAGCAUAGCAGUAGUAAGAGAACCCGUGUGAGGAAAUAACUUCAACAAGAGAGUGAGUAUACAAGGAGAGGACCAAGUACUGAGCCCUGUGGGACACCACUGAGUCUUCAUGGAGCAUAUAUCACUCCCCUCCAUGUAUAACUUGCACAUACACUUGAACCAUGUACAAACAGUGGCGUCCUGUACCAUCAUUUCAUCAGUUAAAGUCAACUUUUUUUUUGUACUUGUUUUAUUUUAGUUUAGGUGUUUGUUUGGUGCUUCAUCUAAUUGUGUGUAAUUUUACUGCUGGCUGAAUCUGAACAUUUUACUACUAUAAUAAUUUAUAUAGGCUUAAUAUUAUUUUACUGUGUUUACUCUUAAUGUUGGGAAAUUUCCACUGUUCAUUGAGUGUAUUUUAACUUUUGCAAAAUGUCCUGUGGAUGUCAAUGUUAUUGUGCUUUUAAAUGUCUGAAUAUUACAUUUUAAUUCGAUUGUUUCUUGUUUGUGCUACAAUUUGAACAAAUCUGAUCAUUAGCUGCAUUUUGCAAACUGGCCUCAUUUAUUAGUCUAUUAGUAAAGUUGGAAGAAAAUCUGCAAAUCUCGUUAAAGGUUUGUGUUGACAGAUAGCCAUGAGGGUAAAACCAUAAAAACAGAAAAAAUGUUUUUUGACACUACUAUACCAAGAAGAAAAGGUUUAAUGUAUGCGAUUAUAUCUUCCUGCUCUGUGCAGGCAGACCAGCUUGUCCUCCAUUUAUAUGCCACCAUAUCUUAUUUUAGUGAUAGUAUUAAUUUGAUUGAUUUCUCUUAAUUUAUGGCUUCAUUCUUAAUUUAUUUCGUUUCUUUAAUUAAUGGCAGUAAUUCAAAACAACUGGUUUUCACAAAAUAUUUCAGACAGUAUUUUUAUUCUCUGACCUAGUAACCUAGCAUGUGGAAAAGCAAACACUCCAAAGCAAAUCCUUAAGUGACCCUUUGCUAAAGAAGAGGUUUACAUCAGUUAAUCUUCUUAUGCAUAAAUCUUCACUCACUCCAGUGAGUUAAAUAUAUUUUUUUUUUCUGAAUUUGCAUGAUUUUCAUGAGAACCAAAUUUCUUGUGAAGUAUGAUUUCCACAUAAAUCCUCUAUUUAAAACAGACACACUGUGGACAUUUAGCCUCAGUCCCAAAUGCUACCUUGUUUUUUUUGUAACUACAGUUACACUUUUCUAAGUCUAUGUCCCAAACUUUAGUUACAUAAAAUCUACUAAACUGAUAUUUUAGUUUAAAAAAAUCACAUUGCCUUAAAGACAUUGUGAGUCAGUUUUAAAACUGAUUAAUGGCUAGAACCAGAGAAAAAUGUUGUACAAAUAACAUUCAAAUUAAAUUGUAAGUCUAGCUAUUAUAACUUUAUUCCGCACCGCUGUUGAAUUCUGACCUGAUUUUAUGCGGCGUGUAAUUUAGACGAUUUGUAGAAUCAAUCAUCUUAAACACAAAUAAGAUAAAGAUUGGUGUUUGGUGUUGGAGGAUAGUGUUUUUACUAAUUUGGCUGUUUUGCAUGUUGUGCUUUUUGUCUUAAAUAUUUUAAAUUCUGUUUAGUUUUUUGGUAAAUUGGUGGUUCGAAAAUGUGUGGUUCUGUUACUUGUGAAUGUUUUCAAAGGGAUUAGAGAGAGAGAGAGAGAUUAUUAUUACUUUCACUCAUUUACUCCUGCACUUUAUUGAGCAACCACUUGUCAAAUAUUUUGUUUUGUAUUUCCACUAAACAAUGUGAUAUUUUAAAUGUCAUCAAUAAAAAUGCUGUUUUAAUGAA